UUUUCACCGUAACUGCCACUGAUAGAGCUGGAGGUUGGAACAAGAUAUGAGUUUUUUUUGCAGAUAGCAAGUAAUGUUUCCUAAUUACUGUAUCUGUAUUGCCACUCAUAAAGAUUUUCGUUGCACAAAGAAUCUUGAUUGCUACACUCAGACCUUUAGCAUUCGCCAAUAAAAUCAGCUGUUUUGUACUGUACUGUUCUCAGAUAUCCUGUUUUCCUCUUGUUCUCCUUGUUACAUUCAAAGGCCAUUUCUGAGCCAUAACACAGUCACAAUGUGGCUCCUGGUUCUUCUCCUGGGAGUUGCAGCCUAUCUCUAUGGGAUUUACAGGUUUCUUUUCGGCAAGCGCAGUCCCUUCUCUGCUGAAUCAGUGAGGCCGCCAGGAAAGCGCAUGUAUGAGCAGAAGGAGAGAGACAAAGUGCUUAAGCAAGGGUUCAGCGUCGAGAAGGUGCCAGAGAACCUGGACGCUGUUGUGAUUGGCAGCGGCAUGGGGGGGCUGACGGCGGCAGCAAUAUUGGCCAAAGUUGGCAAGCGGGUCCUAGUCCUGGAGCAACAUGACCAAGCAGGGGGCUGCUGCCACUCAUACAUCGAGAAGGGCUUUGAGUUUGAUGUCGGUCUCCACUACAUUGGUCAGCUGCACGAGAACAGUCUGUUCCGCAUUGCUUUGGACCAGAUCACUGAAGGACAGCUGGAGUUCAUAAAGCUGGACCAGCACUUCGACACCAUCGUCAUUGGCGACGGCGAUGAACGCCGCAUCUACCGCAUUCACACGGGCAAAACGGAAAUGGCAGAACAUUUAAAAAAGCAGUUUCCCAAUGACACUCAAGCCAUUGAUGCCUUCUUCAAAAUAAUGAAGGUUUCGGCUACGAAGACGCACUAUCUAGCAGCCCUCAAACUGAUCCCGCUCUGGUUGGCCUUGUUCCUGCUCAAGUCCCGCAUUGCUCAUCUCUUUUCCCCCAUUUUCAAAUGGGCCAGCACAAGCGCGACGAUUAUGAACAACCGCCUGACCAGCAACAAGGAUCUGCAUAUAAUCUUCUCCUACUUCUUCUACGGUGUUCCCCCAAAGGAUUCCAGCACCGUCAUCAAUGCUCUACUGCUACAUCACUACAAGCGUGGGGCUUAUUACCCGAAGGGAGGGGCCAGUGAGAUCCCCUUCCACAUCAUACCUGUCAUUCAGAAAGCCGGGGGAAACGUAUUGGUUAGAGCCCCCGUCUGUUGUAUCCUGGUGGAUGAGAAGGAAAGAGCAUAUGGUGUGACGGUAAAGAGAGGCACAGAGGAGGUGAAGGUGCUAGCACCUGUCGUCAUCUCCGACGCAGGAGUGUUCACCACCUACCAGAAGCUGCUCCCACCAGAGAUUCAGGCCAAGCCAGAAAUUCAAGACCGCCUCAAUAUGAUGAAACAUGGUAGGGGGACCUUCUUAGUCUUUGCUGGCUUCGAUGCCACACAAGAAGAACUGGGAAUUGUGUCAACCAACUCCUGGCUCUACAAAACCAAUGACAUGGACGAUAUGAUGGAUUGUUUCUUUAGUCUGAGCAAAGAGGAGGCGCCUGAUAACAUUCCCAUGAUGUUCAUAACAUUCCCUUCAGCUAAAGACCCCACUGCCAAAGUCCGCCACCCAGGGAAAUCAUGGAUGACUCUCCUGACCAUGGUGAAUUAUGAGUGGUUUGAGGAGUGGACGGACACUGGCGUGAGGCGAAGAGGGAGUGAGUACGAGGCUUACAAAAUGAGAUACGCAAACACGCUGUUCGACUGGGCUUGCGAGCACUUCCCCAAGCUGAGGGAUAAGCUGGUGUUCCUGGAGGCGGCUACACCCCUCACCAACAUGCAUUACCUGGGUGCUUCACGUGGGGCCAUGUAUUCAGCUGAGCAGAACCUGGACAGGUUCCACCCUGAGGCCAUAGCCAGGAACAAGUGCUCCACACCAGUGAAGAACCUCUUCAUCUCAGGUCAGGACGUGUUCAGCUGUGGGAUUGCGGGGGCCUUGCAUGGGGGGCUCCUCUGCGCUUCCACGGUUCUCGACCACAUCAUCUACAUCGACCUCCUUUUCCUCAAGAAGAAGCUGAAGAAGCGGACGAGAGCCAAGCUAACCAAGAAGCAGGAGUAACCUCAGGCCCCUACAGUAUAUCUCCAGCCCCCCCCCCCCCUUCACUCCACACGACUCUGCAGGGCUUUGACACACAAAUGGUCACUUUGAAAAUACAAUGCUACUUGCCAUCCUCAAAAUUCCCCAUGGUGUUCAUGCAUGUGUGCGCGCGCGUGUGUGUGUGUGUGUGUAUAUGCGAGCAGGUUUACCUAUCCUUAUGGGGACAUAAUGUCCCCAUAA